GCUCCGCCGUCCGUCCGUUGUCGGUCAUUAAGUCAGUCAACUGCAGACUGUGAAGAAGAUAAGUCUAUCGAACAAAAAAACGCGCGGCACGACUGUUUUGUUCUGUGCUUCAACUGAUUUCGUCAGCCGAACAUCAUGAGAGGCAUCGGUGGGUUACUGAUACUGCUGUUAACACUGGCGAUUAGCAUCCGAGAGGGCGUAGAUUCAGCAAAAAUUCUCUGCGUGUUUCCCAGUCCCGGUAGAUCACAUGUCCUGGUUGGGCAGGUUCUGCUGAAGGCGUUGGCCGAACGUGGUCACCAGGUUACAAUGGUGAGUCCUUUCAAGCUUUCAAAACCGGUUCCAAACUAUAGGGAAAUAUACGUUCCCCCGGAUGAUACCGUUAGUAAAAUGACUAAAAGUUUCCUAGAGAAAAAACAUAACAUCCUUAAGGGUAUUCCAACCAUGAUGCGCAGUGUGCUCAAUACUGCUAACAAUACAAUCAACGAUCCUCAGUUUUUGGCCAUCAAGAAUGAGCAGUUUGAUUUGGUUAUUACAGGAUUGUUUAUGGCAGAUUUCAUCCUCGGUUUUGGUCCCCAUUUCAAUGCACCAACUGUGGCACUAUGGAGUGCUGGCCAGGCUAAAUUCACAUCUGAUCUGGUGGGAAAUCCAAGGGCCGUGGAUGCCGUUCCACAUAUCAUGCUCGGCCAACAAGAGCACAUGGGGUUCAUGAAUCGUUUGAAGAACUUGCUAAUAGCAACAGCGGAAAAUUUGAUCGUUGAAUAUGCGGUAUGGAACCAACAGCCAUAUUACGACUUCAACUUUCCCGCAGACAAAUAUCCGAGCUAUAAGGAUGUUCGAAAAAACGUAUCGCUUGUGCUUUUGAACACACAUUUUUCAAGUAGCGGACCACGGCCUUACAUACAGAACAUAGUCGAGGUUGGCGGACUGCAGAUCAAAAACAAGCCAGAUCCUCUACCAGAAGACAUUCAAAAGUGGUUGGACGAAGCAGAGCACGGCGUUAUAUAUUUCUGCUUGGGAUCAAACCUGAAAUCAUCCGACCUUCCCCCGGAGAAGCUUCGAAUUUUUCUCAAUGUUUUGGGUAAACAAAAGCAACGGAUACUGUUCAAAUGGGAAACCGACAGCAUUCCCAAUCAACCGAAAAACUUCCUAACAAAGAAAUGGCUGCCACAAGACGAUGUAUUGGCUCACAAAAAUGUCGUUCUAUUUGUGGCACAUGGCGGUUUGGGAGGAAUGGCCGAAGCUCGGUUCCACGCAGUCCCUGUACUGGGAAUUCCCAUUUUCGCAGAGCAGUCAUCUAAUGUGUUAGUAGUAGAAAGAGAAGGCUGGGGUAAAGGGAUCGACUACGAGGUUCUCACCGAGGCAUCAUUCGAGGAUCCGUUGGUGGAGAUCCUAACGAAUCCAGAAUAUCGACAAAAGGUGAAGGAAUUAUCCGAAUUGUAUCGCGAUCGACCACAAACUGCCGUCGAUACAGCCAUCUAUUGGAUCGAGUACGUCAUCCGACACAAGGGGGCUCCCCACAUGCACUACCAAGGGGCAGAGCUAAACUUUUUCCAGCAACAGAUGUUGGAUGUCGUGGCAGCAUUACUCGUGAUAGUAUACCUCUUAUUCAAACUUCUGAAGUUUGUCUUCAAAAAGUUGACUACACUCAUAUGUCGUAGAGGUACGAAACAAAAAGAAGGUAAGAAACGAAAAACAGCUUAGAGUAAAAUAAUAACGAAAGAAAACGUCCAGAGAUAAUAAAUGUUUUCCACAAUCCGACAGAUAGCUAAUAAAAAACGUUAUCACUUA